CUUCAAACAGCCACACUGAGCACGAGGAGCUCGUGUGAAAGAGUUGUGAUAUGUUACCGUGGUCAUUAAGAGUCGCCAUGCCAUUUCUUCAGAUCUUAUUAAUGGCUUACAUGGUCGUUUAUACAGAAGGUGGUAAAUGUUCUGAUAACCAGCAAUGCUCCGAGUGUAAGGAGCAGAGAGGUCGAUGCAGCACCAACUGCUAUAGAGGAUAUUUCGGCCCGAAGUGCAUGGAUGUUUGCAGCAGAAGGUGCAGGUACCGCACAUGUGAGCUGCACCUCGACAGGGGUAUUGGGAGAUGUACUGAUGGCUGCAUACCAGGAUUCCAAGGCCCAAACUGCCAGAGGCCAUGUUACCUUAACCGUGGCAACUGUACCAGAUGCCCAGGUGGAUGUGAUGGGGAGUAUUGCCAGAUGGGUGGAACUUGUUUCUCUGGAUGCAGCGACUCAUACUACGGAGCUGGAUGUAGGACGUGUUCCAGCAGAUGUAAGUCCUGCAACAGGAUCACAGGAACAUGUGAGGAGUGUCAGCCUCCAUAUUCUGGACUGGACUGUAGAUCCUCGUGUGAGCACUGUGUCGGUGGAUGUGAGAGUGGCUGCCAACAGGGAUGCAGACAAGGAUUCUAUGGAGACAACUGUAAUGAAGCAUGCAGUGACACCUGUCGAGCUGAUCCCUCCCUGUCUACUGAUGAACGAUGUCCUGAGGGAGACUCAUGUACCCCUGAGUGCCACAGCCAGACUGGCGAGUGUGUUCACGGUUGUGUAGAUGGCUGGUACGGCCCGAAGUGUUCAAGGCGAUGCAACUCUAACUGCACCCAUCAAAGGUGUAACCACGCGGGUGUUUGUGUUGAACGCUGUGGGAAAUGCCUCAAUAAAACUUGUAACGGAUCCUGUAUGAAUGGAUGCAAUAUCAGGGAUAAUUGCAACACGACGUGUGAUCUAUGUCCUGGAGGUGUUUGUGAUGAGAACUCCGGUGUCUGUGUACAGGGAUGCAAUACAACUGGAUCUGGAUGUGGCGACAACUGCACAACCAACUGCCAAAAGCCCGACUGCCCUUCUGGAUCUUGUCACGCAGAUGACGCGACGGCAGGCGCCUCCAACACAGUCACAGUGACCUCGGUCGUGGUGGUUGUCUUCAUCAUCCUGGCUGCAUGUACCGCAAGCUACAUCUGCUAUCGUAAAGGAAUGUGUCUGAGACGGAAUGGAUCUGAUGACAAGAUGCUGGACGCUAAGCUGGAGCAGGCAGACGUCCCCAUCAAUGACUACCUGGAGCUCCACCACUACGAGGACAUCAGAGAGGAAGAUGUUAUGCAACCAGACCAGAACCAAGACGGCUCCGGCAGAGAGAAGGCUCCAGACAUUCCUGUUUUAGCAGACUGCUUCCAAGGGGAACGGAACGAUAAGGACAAAUCAGUACGAGACUCCCAGCCAUACACUGAGCUGAAGGAGGGCGCGCGUGUUCCUCGUCCGAGAUCAUCCGUGAGGUACUUAUCUCCACUUGACUAGGAGAGCUACUUGUGUCUAUCUCCACAUGACAAGGCGACCUCACUGUGUCUAUCCCCACGUGACAAGGAGAGCAAGUUGUGUCUAUCCCCACGUGACAAGGGGACCUACUUGUGUCUUUCCCCACGUGACAAGGAGACCUACUUGUGUCUUUCCCCACGUGACAAGGCGACCUAGUUGUGUCUAUCACCACGUGACAAGGAGAGCAAGUUGCAAAGGACCCCUAAUAUUCUUUCUGUCACUUUUUGGUCACAUGUCUUUCGUACAUUUUUCGUAAUUGUGUGUGGACGUAAUGGAGAAAUGUGAAGGGCCCGUAGGCUGUCAAGAAUUAAACAUAAUUCAUCAUUAUUCAAUGUAAUAUUGUAUAAUAACAUGACUUUGGUCAUAUGGGACUUUGCAGAGGUGGAAGGUCUGUCAUAUUACCCUGAAGCUUGUUGUAUUCUUCAGAAGUAUUCAGUAUUGGUCUAAGGUGGACUGUAAUGGUCUAGGGCAGGUUGUAUUGGUCUAAGGUGGGAUGUAAUGGUCUAAGGCAGGCUGUAGUGGUCUAAGGUGGGAUGUAAUGGUCUAAGGCAGGCUGUAGUGGUCUAAGGUGGGAUGUAAUGGUCUAAGGCAGACUGUAGUGGUCUAGGGCAGGCUAUAAUGACCUAAGGCAGGCUGUAAUGAUCUACGUUAGGCUGUAAUGGUAUAACGUAGGCCGUAGUGAGUCUCAGGCUGGCUAUAAUGGUCUUAGGUAGGCUGUAAUGGUCUAAGGCAGACUGCAUUGGUCUACGGUGGGAUGUUAUGGUCUAAGGCAGGCUGUAUUGGUCUAAGGCAGCCUGUAUUGGUCUAAGGCAGGCUGUAAUGGUCUAAAGCAGGCUGUGAAGAUCUACGUUAGGCUGUAAUGGUAUAAUGUAAGCUGUAAUGGUCAUGGUUACACAAUAUUGGUCUAAUGGCAGGCUGUAGUGGUCUAAGGCAAACUGAAAUGGUCUAUGUCGGGAUGUUAUGGUCUAAGGCAGGUUAUGUUUGUCUAAGUUAGACUGUAUUGGUCUAAGGUAGGCUGUAGUGGUGUUUGGUAGGCUGUAUUGGUCUAAGAUCAACUGUAAUGGUCUACGAUAGGUUGUAAUGGUCUAAGACAGGCUGUUCUGGUCCAAGGCAGACUGUAAUGGUCUAAGGCAGGUUGUAAUGGUCUAGGUCAGGCAGUAUUGGUCUAGGACAGGCUGUAAUGGUCUAAGGUAGGCUGUAUUGGUCUAAGGGAGCCGGUAGUGGUCCACGUUAGGCUGUCAUGGUCUAAGGCAGGUUGCAAUGACCAAGGCAUGGUGUAAUUGUAUAAGGUAGACUGUAAAGGUCUAAGCUAGGCUAUUAUGGUCUGAGGCAGGCUGUAUUGGUCUAAGAUAGGCUGUAAUGGUAUAAAGGAGACUGUAAAGGUCUAAAGUAGACUGUAUUGGUCUAAGGCAGACGGUAGUGGUCCAUGUUAGGCUGUAAUGGUCUAAGGCAGGUUGUAAUGUCCAGGGCAGACUGUAUUUGGCUAAGGUAUGCUGUAAUUGUCCAAAGAUAGGCUGUAAUUGUAUAAGGUAGACUUUAAAGGUAGGCUAUUAUGGCAGGUUGUAUUGUUCUACGUUAGGCUGUUAUGGUCUAAGGCAGGCUGUAAAUGUCUAAGGUAGACUGUAAAGGUCUAAGGUAGGCUGUUAUGGUCUAAGGCAGUCUGUAAUGGUCUACGUUAGGCUGUAAUGGUCUACGGCAGGCUGCAAUGGUCUAAGGUAGACUAUAAAGGUCCAAGGCAGGCUGUAUUGGGCUAAGGUAGGCUGCAAUGGACUAAGGUAGGCUGUAAUGGUCUAAGGUGGGCUCUAAUGGUCUAGGACAGGCGGUAAUGAUCUAAAGCAGACUGUAAUGGUCUGAGGCAGGCUGUAAUGGUCUAGGGCAGACUUAAUUAUCUAAGGCAGGCUUUAAUGAUCUAGGGCAGGCUGUAAUGAUCUAGGGCAGGCUGUAAUGGUCUAGGACAGGAUGUAAUGAUCUGGGGCAGGCUGUAAUGGUCUGAGGCAGGCUGUAAUAGUCUAAGGCAGACUGUAAUGAACUAAGGCAGACUGUAAUGGUCUAAGGCAUGCGCGCAGGCUGUAAUGGUCUAAGGCAGACUGUAAUGGUCUAAGGCAGGCUGUAAUGGUCUAAGGCAGACUGUAAUGAACUAAGGCAGACUGUAAUGGUCUAAGGCAGGCUGUAAUCGUCUAAGGUAGGCUGUAAUGGUCUAGGGCAGACUGUAAUGGUCUAAGCAAUGUGUGUGUGUGUAUGUGUGUGUGCGUGUCUGUGUGUGUGUGUGUGUGUGCGUGUGUGUG